CCGUCCCUCUGUCCCUCCACCGUCCCUGCACCAUGGGGCCUGCCUCAGGCCCCAGCCUGCUGCUGCUGCUUACCAUCCUGCCCCUGGCACCGGGGGACCCCAUGUUCUCCAUGAUCACCCCCAACAUCCUGCGGCUGGAGAAUGAGGAGACCGUGCUGCUGGAGGCCCAUGACUAUGGAGGCAACAUUGCAGUCACAGUCAGCGUCUACGACUUUCCAGACAGGAAGCUAAGUUUGUCCAGUGGAAACACUGAUCUGACCAAGGAUAAUGACCACAUGAGCACAGUCAACAUCAAGAUCCCAGCCAACUGGGAAUUAACAUCAGGGAAGGGGAAAAAAUUCGUGACUGUCCAGGCGGACUUCGGGGGCACCGUGGUGGAGAAGGUGGUGCUGGUCAGCUUUCAGAGCGGGUACCUCUUCAUCCAGACGGACAAGCCCAUCUAUACCCCCGGAUCCACGGUCCUCUAUCGGAUCUUUACCGUGGACAACGACCUACUGCCCGUGGGCCGGAUCGUUAUUGUCAGCAUCCAGACCCCUGACGGUGUUCCCAUCAAGAGGGACUCCUUGUCUUCUCGGAGGCUGUUUGGCAUCUUGUCCCUGUCUUGGAACAUCCCGGAGCUGGUCAAUACAGGGCAGUGGAAGAUAGAAGCCCACUAUGAAGAUGCCCCACAGCAGGUAUUCUCUGCUGAGUUCGAGGUGAAGGAGUACGUGCUGCCCAGUUUUGAGGUCCAAGUGGAGCCUACAGAGAAAUUCUACUACAUUGAUGACCCACAGGGCCUGGAGGUCACCAUCACGGCCAGGUUCUUGUAUGGGAAGAAUGUGGAUGGAAUAGCCUUCGUCAUCUUUGGGGUCCAGGAUGGUGACCAGAGGAUUUCGCUGCCCCAGUCCCUCACCCGUGUUCAGAUCGAUGAUGGCAGUGGGGAGGCCAGGCUGGAACGAAAGGUCCUGCUGAGCGGGGUGGAACCCUCCGGAGCAGAUGCCCUGGUGGGGAAGUCGUUGUACGUGUCUGUCACCGUUAUCCUGCACUCAGGCAGCGACAUGGUGGAGGCGGAGCGCAGCGGGAUCCCCAUCGUGACCUCCCCCUACCAGAUCCACUUCACCAAGACGUCCAAGUUCUUCAAACCAGGCAUGCCCUUUGACCUCAUGGUGUUUGUGACGAACCCCGACGGCUCCCCAGCGCCCAACGUCCCCGUGGUGACCCAGUACUCCAAAGGGUCCUCCUUCACCCAGGAAGACGGCGUGGCCAAGCUGAUCAUCAACACACACAAAACCUUUAGGUCCCUGCCCAUCACCGUAAGCACUAGGAAGGAUGGUAUCCCAGAGUCACGACAGACCAACAGGACUAUGAACGCCCAACCCUACAGCACCAUGAGUAAUAACUACCUGCACAUCUCUGUGCCUCGCGUGGAGCUCAAGCCAGGGGAAGAUCUCAACGUCAACUUCCACCUGCGAAUUGACCCCACCACCACCCAGGAGAACAACAUCCGCUACUUCACCUACCUGAUCAUGAACAAAGGGAAGCUGUUGAAGGUGGAGCGUCAGACGCGGGAGCCUGGCCAGGACAUGUACGCGCUGCCCCUGACCAUCACUGAGGACUUCAUUCCUUCCUUCCGCCUGGUGGCUUAUUACACUUUCAUUAACAACAAGGGCCAGAGGGAGGUGGUGGCCGAUUCCGUGUGGGUGGAUGUCAAGGACUCCUGUGUGGGCAAGCUGGUGGUGAAAGGUGGCAAGAAGGAAGAGAAGGUGUACCCACCUGGGCAGCUUUUGACCAUCAAGAUCGAGGGUGACCACGGGGCCCGAGUGGGGCUUGUGGCAGUGGACAAGGGCGCGUUCGUGCUAAACAGGAAUAGGUUAAUUCAGAGCAAGAUCUCGAACGUGGUGGAGAAGGCUGACAUCGGUUGCACUCCAGGCAGCGGGAAGGACUAUGCCGGCGUCUUCACGGACGCAGGGCUGGCCUUCCAGACCAACACAAACCUGCAGACCCCGGAUAGGACAGAUCCCGAGUGCCCCAAACCAGAUGCCUGGCGCCGCCGCUCGGUGAUGCUCACAGAGAAGAGGAUGGACAAAGCGGGUCAGUACCCGAAGGAGCUGCGGAAGUGCUGUGAACAUGGCAUGCGGGAGAACCCCAUGAAGUUCUCGUGCCAGCGCAGGGCCGGGUUCAUCCAGCACGAGGCCUCGUGCGUGAAGGCCUUCCUGGACUGUUGCAACCGCAUCGGCAGUACCCACAGUGCCCCCCUGGGCCUGACCCAGAGUGACUUGGAUGAAGAUAUAAUCCCGGAAGAGGAAAUCAUUUCCCGAAGCCAGUUCCCUGAGAGCUGGCUGUGGCGCAUAGAGGAACUCAGGGAACCUGAGAAAGAUGGAAUCUCCACAAAGACCAUGAAUAUAUUUUUGAAAGACUCCAUCACCACCUGGGAGAUUCUGGCGGUGAGCUUGUCGAACAAGAAAGGGAUCUGCGUGGCUGACCCCUAUGAGGUCACGGUGAUGCAAGACUUCUUCAUCGACCUGCGGCUACCCUACUCUGUCGUGCGCAAUGAGCAAGUGGAGAUCCGAGCCGUGCUCUACAAUUACCAGGAUGUUGGGGAGCUCAAGGUGCGGGUGACCCUGCUCUACAACCCAGCCUUCUGCAGCCAGGCCACCGCAAGGAAACCCUAUCAGCAGAUUCUGGAAAUCCCAGCCAAGUCCUCAAUAGCCGUGCCCUUUCUCCUCGUGCCUCUGAAGGUCGGUCUACAUGAGGUGGAGGUCAAGGCUGCUGUUGACAAUCGUUUCCUCAUGGAUGGUGUCAAGAAACCCUUGAAGGUCGUGCCUGAAGGAGUCAAAGUCAAAAAAAUUGUGGCCGUUCACACACUGGAUCCAGAAAACCGGGGCAGAAACGGAGUGCAGCGAGCAGAGAUCCACGCCACAAACCUCCGUGACCAGGUACCAGACACAGAUUCAGAGACCAGGAUCCUCCUGCAAGGGACCCCGGUGGCUCAGUUGACUGAGGAUGCCAUCAACGCGGAGCGACUGAAUCACCUCAUCGUGACCCCCUCGGGCUCUGGGGAGCAGAACAUGAAAAGCAUGACGCCCACGGUCAUUGCCGUCCAUUACCUGGACAAAACGGAGCAGUGGGACAAGUUGGGACCCACAAAGCGAAAGGAAGCCUUGCAGCUCAUCGAAAAGGGGUACUCCCAGCAGCUGGCUUUCAGACAAGACAACUCGGCUUUUGCGGCCUUCCAGAACCGGAAAGCCAGCACCUGGCUGACAGCCUACGUGGUCAAGGUCUUCUCUCUGGCAGCCAAUCUCAUUGUCAUUCAGGCCGAUGUCAUCUGCGGAGCUGUCAGAUGGCUGAUCCUGCAGAGGCAGAAACCCGACGGGGUCUUCCAGGAAGAUUCGCCCGUAACUGACCAAGAAAUGACUGGUGGCUACCAGGAGAAUAAGGAGAAAGAUGUGUCCCUCACAGCCUUUGUUCUCAUUGCAUUGGAAGAGGCUAAAUAUAUUUGCAAUGAUCAGUUCAACAGCCUGGAGCGCAGCAUGGAUAAAGCAGGAGAUUAUCUUGAAGCCCACUACAGGAGCCUGCGGAGACCGUAUUCUGUGGCCAUUGCAGGCUAUGCCUUGGCCCAAUUGGGAAGACUGGAGAAAGACCUCCUCAAAAAAUUUCUGAGCACAGCCAAAGACAAGACACAGUGGGAGGAGCCUGACAAGAAGCUCUACAGCAUGGAGGCCACAUCCUAUGCCCUCUUGGCCCUGCUGGUGCUCAAAGAAUUUGACUCUGUGCUUCCCGUCGCAAACUGGCUCAAAGAGCAGAGAGAAUACGGAGGUAUUCUCCACAGAUAUGGCUCCACCCAGGCCACCUACAUGGUGUUCCAAGCCUUGGCCCAAUUCCAGAAGGAUGUCCCUGACCACAAGGAUCUGAAUCUGGAUGUGUCCAUCCAACUGCCCAGCCACAGCUCUGUCAUCAAGUACAGAAUCUUGUGGGAAUCUGCUAGCCUCCAGCGGUCAGCAGAGGUACAACUGCCUAGCCAAACGCUUGCCGUCCUCCUCCACAACAACCAGUAUUUGCCACAGACCAAGAAAAAUGAGGAUUUCGUAGUAACAGCUAAAGGGAAAGGACAAGGCACCUUGUCGGUGGUGACAACGUACCAUGCCAAGCUCAAAAGCAACCACACCUGCAAGAAGUUUGACCUCAGGGUUGAUAUACGACGAGCUCCUGAAGAUGUCAAGAGGCCUCAGGAAUCCCUGGACACCAUGAUCCUUGACAUCUGUACCAGGUACCUGGGAGACCAGGAUGCUACCAUGUCGAUCCUGGAUAUAUCCAUGAUGACUGGCUUUUCUCCUGACACUGGUGAUCUCCACCAGUUGAGCAACGUCAUUGGAAGAUACCUCUCUUUGUGUGACAUGAACAAUAAGAACACCCUCACCAUCUACCUGGACAAGAUCUCACAUGACCAGGAGGACUGUCUGACCUUCAAAGUGCACCAGUACUUCAACGUGGGGCUUAUCCAGCCCGGGUCGGUCAAGGUGUACUCCUAUUACAACCUGGAUGAGAAUUGCAUCCGGUUCUACCACCCAGACAAAAAAGAUGGAUUGCAGAGCAAGCACUGUCACACAGACGUGUGCCGAUGUGAGAACUGCUUCAUGCACCCGGCGGAUGAAAAGAUCACCCUGGACGACCGUCUGGACAAGGCCUGUGAACCAGGAGUAGACUACGUGUACAAGACCAGGCUUCUCAAGAAGGAGCUGUCAGAAGACUUUGAUGAUUACGUAAUGGUCGUUGAGCAGAUCAUCAAAUCAGGCUCUGAUAAGGUGCAGGUUGGACAGGAGCGCAGGUUCAUCAGCCACAUCAAGUGCAGAGAAGCCCUGAAGCUGCAGGAGGGGAAACACUACCUCAUGUGGGGCAUGUCCGCCGACCUGUGGGGAGAGAAACCCAACAUCAGCUACAUCAUCAGGAAGGACACCUGGGUGGAGCUGUGGCCAGAGUCUGAUGAAUGCCAGGAUGAGGAGAAUGAGAAGCUGUGUCAAGACCUGGCCAACUUCGCUGAGAACAUGGUUGUCUUUGGCUGUCCCAACUGACCCCUGCCCACAGUCCCCACAAUAAAGCUUCACUGAGAGUU